CCGCCCCUCCGAUGGACCAGGAAUGCACGCCGCCGAUGGCGAAGAGGGCGAGGCGCUCGCCUCCGCAGGCCGGCGCGGAGGACCGGCUCGGCGCGCUCGACGACGCCACCCUCCACGCCAUCCUCGUGCGCCUGCCGCUCCGCGACGCGGCGGCCACGGCCGUGCUCUCCCGCCGCUGGCCCCGCGUCUUCGCCACGCUCCCGCGCCUGGUCCUCCGCCCCGCCACAUUCAACCGCCGCGGCUUCCCCGACGAGGACCGCUGCGAGGACCCGCCGCGCUGGCUUCGCGCCCUCCGCUGCGUCCUCGACCGCCGCGCCGCGCCGGUCGUGGCUUUCGAGGUCGACUGCGGAUUCAUGUGCGUGUACGGCGAGUGGUUCGGCUGGGUCUUCCGCGAGGUCUGCGGCAGCGGCGGGCUCCUGGAGCUCAGCAUCGCCAACACCGACUACAAAGAGUGCUACGCGCUGCCCGACGCUGUCUACACCUGCAAGACGCUCACCUCGCUGGACCUCUACAAUUGCCGGCUCCAGGUGCCGAUCAGGGCCGCUGCGGUGACCCUGCGCGCCCUGCAGACGCUCCGCCUCCGCAACGUGGUCGCCAGGGACAGCGACAUCCGUCUCAUCGUCUGCCGGUGCACGGCGAUAGAACGUCUGGAGAUCCACGGCAUCCACAUGGCGCGAAACAUCGUCAUACGCGCGCCAUGCCUCAAGAGGCUAGACAUCUACUCGUAUCGCCCGCUCUGCAUCUCCCUGAAGAAGGCGAAGGCACAGCCACUGAACAUGGUGAGGCUGAGCCUUUCCUACGGCUACCCUGAGCAUUAUUGGAGCCUCCAUGACACCAAGGACACCAAAAGAGAGUACUCCGUUCAUGAAAUAGAGGAGAUGCUUGAUUAUAAGAAGAUGGCCGAGAGGGAGCACAGGCAGACGGAUGAGAUCAAGAACAUGGAAACAUUCCUCACUGCACUCAGCUGCACCAAGACGCUCCAGUUGCACUUAUCGACUGAAUACUCCGAGGUUUUGGACAUGGUCAAGGCUUCAACGUUGACGAGUUUGCCCAAGAAAAAGUACCUGCAUGGCUUGAAAUCACUCAGCCUUACUCUGGACCACAACCAUGCAGUUCUUGCUACUCUAGUCUCAUGCUUGCUGAACAGCUCUCCCAACCUCAAGGAUCUCAGAAUCAUUGAGCUCCGGCACCCGGGGAGCCCCGUGCCCUUGGCUGCGGAGUUCUGGGAGAAGAAGAUAACCGCGGACGGGUUUCUGUACCACCUGGCGAGCGUCACCUUCUACACCGACUCGCUCCUGGAAGGCCACCCUUGCGAGGGCAUCUGCAAGUUCCUGGUGAUGAACGCGAGGGUCCUCAAGAGGAUGAGCAUCGUGUACCACCACUCGCAGGUCAGGCCGGAGCAUGCAGCCAAGCUCGAGGCGGCCCGGAGGGAGCUCCGUGUCUGGCCGAGGGCUUCCGCGGACGUGCUGCUGGAGUUGACUCCUGUCCAUCGGUUCCCAUGGUUCUGAGGGGCGAGGUCGCUGAUCCAUUGCUCACAUGCAGAUCCUGCACUGCAGCUUUUGUUCGACUCCUGUUCUAUCUAUGCCUCUCAUUGACUCUGGCUUGCUCUAAGAUGUAGACACCACAUGCUAGGCACCGUUUAAGUUGCUUGUGGGGAUGGAUUGGAAGUUUAAAUUUGCACUUUAGUGCAGGUUAUAUUUGACCUUGUUAAUAGUAACAGUAUAGCCUGCUGGAUUCCGUGAAUCGGGUUUC